CUGCCCGGGCCGCCGUGCCGGUGGAUGUCAAAGGCUGAAGCGGCGGCGCCGCCACAGUAUAACUCGUGGGGGGCUGCGCGGCGGCCAUGGCCACAGCCGCCUCCAACCCCUACAGCCUCCUCGGCUCCGGUUCGCUCGCCCAUGCGGACGGCGCGGGCAUGCAGCAGGGGAGCCCGUUCCGCAACCCGCAGAAGCUGCUGCAGAGCGAGUACCUGCAGGGCGUCCCCGGCAAUGGGCACCCGCUGGGGCACCACUGGGUCACCAGCCUGAGCGACGGCGGGCCCUGGCCCUCGGCGCUGGCCGGCGGCCCGCUGGAACAGCCCGACGUCAAGCCGGGCCGUGAGGACCUGCAGCUGGGCGCCAUCAUCCACCACCGCUCGCCCCACGUCUCCCACCACUCGCCCCACGCCAACCACCCCAGCGCCUGGGGGGCCAGCCCGGCCCACAGCGCCUCGCUGGCCCCCCCCUCCGCCGCCGCCGCCGCCGCCGGGCAGCCCCUCAACGUCUACUCGCAGGCGGGCUUCGCGGUGGGCGGCAUGCUGGAGCACGGCGGCUUGACCCCGCCGCCCGCCGCCGCCGCCGCCGCCGCGGCCGCCGCCGCCGCCGCCGCCGCCGCGCAGGGCUUGCACCCCGGGCUGAGGGGCGAGGGCGGCGGGGAGCACGGCGAGCUGGGCGGGCACCACUGCCAGGAUCACUCGGAUGAGGAGACGCCGACCUCGGACGAGCUGGAGCAGUUCGCCAAGCAGUUCAAGCAGCGGCGCAUCAAGCUGGGCUUCACCCAGGCCGACGUGGGCUUGGCCCUGGGGACCCUCUACGGCAACGUCUUCUCGCAGACCACCAUCUGCCGCUUCGAGGCCCUGCAGCUCAGCUUCAAGAACAUGUGCAAGCUGAAGCCGCUGCUGAACAAGUGGCUGGAGGAGGCCGACUCCUCCACCGGCAGCCCCACCAGCAUCGACAAGAUCGCGGCGCAGGGGAGGAAGAGGAAGAAGCGCACCUCCAUCGAGGUGAGUGUCAAGGGCGUGCUGGAAACGCACUUUCUCAAGUGUCCCAAGCCGGCCGCCCAGGAGAUCUCCUCGCUGGCAGACAGCCUGCAGCUGGAGAAGGAGGUGGUGCGGGUCUGGUUCUGCAACCGGCGGCAGAAGGAGAAGCGCAUGACCCCGCCGGGAGAGCAGCCGCAGCACGAGGUCUACUCCCACGGCGUGAAAACGGACACGGCCUGCCACGACCUCUGACCGGGGGGGUUGGCGGGGCAGAGCAGGACUGCGGGCAGCGCGGAUUUGCUUCUUUUUUUUUCCGCCGGGGGCUUUAACUUAUGGUUUCCGAGAGGCGGGAGACGGGGGAGCGGGGGCUCCCCGCUCGCCGCCUGGGCAAUAUUUUCUCCUCUCCCUCUCCGACCUUUCUUUCCGCUGAUCAGUACACGGUGUUUACUCGCAGACAAGGUUUGGUUUCGGGCUCCGCUAGGACGAAGGAAAAAAAAAGAAAAAAAGGAAAAGAAAAAAAAAAAAAGAGAAAACCCACGGGAAAAAGAAAAAAAAAAAAAAAAGAAAAGAAAAACCCGACAGAAAAGGAAAGACAGAUGUGUGCCUAUGAAUAACCUUCCAGCGCCUUGGUUAUAUCAGCUGUAUUUCAGGUGAAUCUGUUUUACAAUAGACUAGUUUUGCAUUUUUAAAGACUUAUAUAGCGUUUUUAAAUGUCUGAGGUGUUUUACUACAAACUGUACACAAUAUUUGUGACCUAAUUUGUAUCGAAUUGAGCAGUCAAAACGUUUCUCCCUUCCCCACGCACCGGCAAUGUCACCCAGCAGGGACGGGGCAGGGUGGCCGCGGCCCUUCCUCUCUCCCCCCGACCCCCCCCCCAGGAGACGGGGUUCCCCUCCGCGCCCGCGGAGUCCCACGCACCCGACUGCCGCCCGCACGGUUCUGAAGAACAGGCUUAUUUGUUGCAGCUUUUCUCUUCCUUUUCAAGAACUUCCUGACACCGUAAAACGGUCGGCUUACGAUCCUCGCCUCCCCCCUCUGCUUCCAAGGGGGGGGGGGGGAGAAAUUAAAAAUAGUUAUUUCUCAGAGAUUUCUCCGAAAUUAAGCAUCACAAACAAAACCGUGGCAUUUGCCAGUCUUUUUUCUUUCCGAAGAUGAGUUGGGCUUUUUGAUCAGCGCCAGACUGAGAGGUCUGUAGUAAAACACCUUUAUACUUCUGCGCUUUGGCUUCGGAAAUCAGUUUCUCUGUAUUUUGUUUCGAUAGUGAAGAGGAAUGAGGUGUCUCAUGAAUUUCGGGGGGGUGGGGAGGGAUACAGAAAACGCCCGCAUUUGGUUCACGCUGAGCUUAUUUCCGCGUCACAGGGAGAUGCUGGAUUUGGUGAAAAGCUUUUAUAAAAAAAAAAAAACAACAAAAAAACAAACAAAAAACCACCAACAAAAAAAAAACCAAACAACAACAAUAAUGGACAGGGAGAAAAACAAAACAAAGAAAAAGUCACUAAAAUGCUAAAACCAUAACCAUUUUUUGGGCACAGGGAAGUGCUGAGCUGUAACCACCCCCCUCUCCUCCGCCCGGCCGUGGCUGUGUUGUACACAAGGACGGGGGGGGGGGGGGUGUGCAACACCCACGCACCCACUCACGAAGGGGAAUUGCUGCGUGUGUGUGUGUGUGUGUACGGCCAAGAGUUCACUCGCUGCUCCCGCACCCUCCCUGUGGCCGGGCUGGCUCGGGGCCGCCGGGCAGGACCGGGCCGGGCCGGACCCCCCCACCCCGCACCCAGAGCCCCCCCCCCCCGCGGCUGCACCCAGCUCCGCGGCUCCCCGCACAGCCCCUCUCCUUCCCCGGCGUUCAGAUUUUUUCCUUUCGACAUUUAUAUUUUUCAAGUAUUUUUCAGUAAGCGCUAAAAAAGAAAAAAAAAAUUAAAAAGAAAAAAAAAACAAAACAAAAAACAAAACAAACUCGACACUGAGGACCUGCCUAUUUCUGCCAACUUUAUAACUGUACAGUUUUGUAUAUUAAACGUUUUUUGGAAGUUAUUAAUUUAAAGAAAGAUCAUUUAGUUUAUUCAUUUAGUAACUGAUGUAUAAUAAACGCUAUUUUCAUUAAAGGUUGCUUUUUUCAACUAUUUUAUCCAAAA